AAAGUAGGACACAGCGAACCCCAAAAGUGUGUUAAGAUAGAAGAAAAAAAUCACCAAAAAUCUGAUAUACUUUAGAAGAAGCCAUGAUGCAGGCAAACGAGUUUGGUGGAAACGCGGUCUUUUACGGUGGCGGUUUUAUGCCUUCUCAGGCCACUCAGACCUCCCCUGACCGCCCAUUUUCUUCCUCCAAAAACAGUGAUGCGCGGUGUUUGCUUCCAGUUACAGUAAAGCAGUUGAAGGAUCUCUCUAGAGGUGGAGCAUCUGAUAUUUCCAUUGAAGGUGUUGAUGUUAACAAUAUUGUGUUAGUUGGAAAGGUAUCCAAAAUGGACAAUGCUGUUUCAGAUUGUACUUUUAGAGUUGAUGAUGGCACAGGAUGGGUUGAAUGCACCAAAUGGGUUCAUGAGCAUGUAGACUCAGUUGAAGUAGAUGCUAUCUCGGUUGGAAUGUAUGUUCGUGUCUAUGGUCAGUUAAAGAGCAUUCAAAGUAGAAGGACUGUGCACACCUUUUCAAUUCGGCCUGUUACUGAUUAUAAUGAAAUUACAAACCACUUCAUCGAGUGUAUAUAUGUUCAUUUGUAUAACACCAAGUUGAGGGGUUGCAUGAACUCUCAGCCUCGGAUGAAAAAUUUGGUUGGUGGCAUGACUGCUCAGCCUCCGGUGGCAAAUUCAAAUUUUGGUGAUCCAGGAAAGGGCUACAGCUACCAAGCUAACCUGACAAACCAGUAUAACAAUGAUGAACAGAUCCGUGGUAUUAGUUCAAUGAUCUUACAAUACUUGCGUCGACCAGCAUGCCUUUCAUCUGAGAUGGGGGUAUGCUCUUAUGUCGUAGCUCGAGAACUAAAUGUUUCGGUGGAUAAAAUCAGGAAAACAUUAGACUUUCUUGCAUCUGAGGGCCUUGUUUACACAACCACUGACGAUUAUUACAAAUUUACAGAUGCCUGAGAUAUGUCGACGUGAUGUACAAACAAAAGAUUAAUGUCAGUCUUUGGAGCAAUACUUAUGUUAUUUCUUAGUCUUAAUGCUCUGCUUUUUGGUUAUACAAUCUGUCCAUGUG